CGUUUCCCAUCAGGAAAUGGUUGCUUGGAGAAAUUUAAAUUUUACUCUAGUGGAAAAUUCUAGUGGAAAGAUCAAAAACUGGUUGUGGGGGCCUUUGUUGUGAUGGAUCGUCUGCCUGAGUGAGAUUCUUGCCUCCUGUUGUUGUUGUUGUUGUUUUUUUGGAAAGUGAAUAUUCGCAAAGAAAAUGGCGCCACAAAGCCGACAGAGGAGUGCUGCGCAGAAUAUCGGUGUCCUCAUGCUGCUUUAUCACUUGAAGCAGUUUGGGUUCAAUAGGAUCCCUCCAGUCACCUUGAUGACCAUUGUUGGCAUGGCCCGCGAGUUCCGUCGCGUCUUCCUGUCGGCCAUCGAGCACGGCGACGACAUGCACCUGUUUUACAACAUGAUCUCGUACCUGGUCAAGGGCGUGAGUCUCGAGCGGAAACUGGGCUCCGUCUACUUUGCCUACCUCAUCUUCGUCUUCUGCAACGCCUGCAGCCUGGUCUACAUCCUGCUGGCCAACGGCAUGGCCCAGCUCUUCAACGAGCCCUUCUUCUUGGACCAGUGCGCCAUCGGGUUCUCUGGGGGUUUUAGUGGAGAUCCCUCGGGGCGUUGCAUUAGUCUGAUGAAGGAAGUUCAUUAUGAAGGGAUUAGGGCGGGGGAAUGA